AUUUUUUGCAAUAUCAGCCGCAUGAGGCUGGCGCUUACGCAACACGUACCAAGCAAAGAUAUUUCUCAGCUUCAAUUUAAGAUCAUAGUAUGGUCUGUAAUAGAACAUAAUACUUCAUUAUAUCCUUCAAUUCCUGAAAAUCUUGUUAUGCCACUUCGACAGCUGUACCCGGACCCGAAAUCGGCUCCAAGUCAUGCCCCUCCCGCUAGGAUAGACAUUAUUUCCGUUCAUGGCCUUGGUCCCAGAGGGAAGGGCGAGACGAAACACGCCUUCGACACGUGGAGAACGCCAUCGGGUCAGAAGGGUCGUCUAUGGCUGCAGCAAGACCUUCCAGCACAUAUUCCAGACUCACGAAUCUUUUUAUACCAAUACAACGUCACUGCUACGUACGGUCAAGGUCUCGACAACUUUCGCAGCAAGGCCAACAACUUGUUUGAAGUCAUCAGCAUCGAGAGGAGAGAUUGUCCUGAGAGACCUAUUUUACUACUUGGUCAUAGCAUGGGAGGCUUGUUGAUCAAGCAAGCUCUAGUUAACGCCCAUAGCAACCCAGGCUACAGCGCCAUCAAGGACGCUACCACCGGCUUGGCCUUCUUUGGAACACCGCAUGAAGCCGUCGCUCGGAAGCUUGGUGAAACAGCGGCAGUGAUUGCCAAAGACUUUGGGUAUGAAACCGGAGAUGAUUUGGUCGACUCUUUGCAGACUGGUAGCAUCUUUCCCGAGCUCGAAUCAUGGAAACAUCAAGUCCUCCAGUACGAUAUUGUCACCUUUUGGGGGACAUCCGAUACCAUGAUCUCUCGCGAGUGCGUUAGUCUUGGAUUGCCGGGUGACGUUGCGAAGAUUGUUGAACUAGACGCCAGUCACAGAGGACUCUGCAAAUUUGGCAGCACCGAGAAAGACCAGUACAACUUGAAGAUCGUGGUUGAGAACAUCAAGGGUCUUUACAGAUUAGCGAUCGAGAAGUUCGAGUCACAAGGUGUUUGCUUCCCGGAUACGUCUGGCGUCGAAACACCCUGCACUUCAGAAGACGAUAGCCAGGACGAACUUCAUGACAGAGUGCAAGAGAGGGAGAUUGUCACACUCAGUACGACCAAUGAGACGGAGCAGCUGAUCAUGACCCCGAGUCGAGAAAGUCUACUACAAGAUGACGAAGUAACUGUUCAAGGCCCUUUGAUUAGGUCGUUCGACCAUUCUACAGCAAGGGAAGGUCCCAGUCUUGAAAGCUUAACCGUGGAUGACUUCCGAAUCGCGGACAUACAGGUAAUAGAGCCAGAGACUAAAGACAACUUUUAUUCCCAGAGGCUUUUUAAAGACCUUGGCUUGCCAGAGCCUGUUCUACAACGUCUUCUAUAUCUCAAUUAUCCACGGCCCACCAAGGUGCAGGAAGCACUACUUUCUCUCUUCGCAUCAGAUCCUCUUCACAACGUGAUCAUGGAAUAUCCCCCGGGAACUGGCAGAACCACUGCACUGGUAAUCGCUCUGCUAUCGCGCAUAGACUAUAGUUCGACCACUCAGCCCCAGGUAUUGGUAAUAGUACCGGAUCGAUUACUGGUCCACCAGAUGGGGAAUCAUAUCAAAGAGAUAGGCAGCUUCUGCGAUGGUCUGGUUGUGCAGACUGUUCAUAUAUUAGUCGAGAAAACCGCAAAGUUCGAGGCGAAUGUUAUCGUCGCCACACCUGGUAUACUUCUCGACAAAAUUCAGCGUCGUCUGAUCAAGACGUCUGAGGUGCGACUUCUUGUCGUUGAUGAUGUCGACUAUGUUGAAGAUCGUCAAGGACUGAGUGACCAAUGCAUUCGAGUCUCCAGAAUGCUACCCAAAUCAUUUCAGUUUCUGCUUUCUUCUGAUUUAUUGCGGCGAGCAUCAGCAUUUGCGAGGAGUCUAACCCUUUCUAAGGCCUGGGAGAAGCUCGAGUUGAAGGAAGCAGAGCUGAAUGUCAACAAAGUCGUGCACCUGUUCUUCAGGUGUAAGCACGAACAAGAGAAGCUUGACAUCAUUUGCAAGCUUCCUGGUCUCGUGCAGAUAAGCAUGUUGAUCAUAUUUGUCGGGAUGAGGUCUUCUGCCCAUCAGAUACAUAAAAUGAUGGCAACAGAAGGCCAUGUGGUAACGAACUUGUUCAACGCAGAUGACAAGAGGGAGAUGGAAGGACUACUGGAGGAGUUCAAGAACGGACAUGCCAAGGUUCUUAUCACAAUGGACGAUAAAACCCGGGGCCUUGAUCUUCCCUAUAGCUCCAUGGUCAUUAACUACGAUAUCCCAACAAAAGGCUAUCUAAAGGAGCCAGACCUAGGCCCAGACCGGUACGUUCGUCAAGUGAGUCGCGCGGGGAAAGCCGGGCGUUCUGGUUUUGCUGUCAAUCUGGUAAGUAACGAGAAGGAAGUGGACGCUCUUCAGUCCGUCGCGGCAUCUCGCAGCUUCAAGCUUCAUGAGCUUGACUCGAACGACUGGGACGAAGUUGAGCAGUUCUUGACAAACUGCGCUAGAUCUCGGAGAUUCUAAGGAACUGCAAUUUUCUGUAUACUCUAGAUGAUAAAUUUGAUCAAGUCUGUCUAAGACUCGUGAUUGUGAACGUAUCCGUAGCUCAUAAAUGAC